ACAGAGCGUUCGGCAGGGAGUAACAGGAAGAAGGUGAGGGGUAAGGGAGAACUGUAUUGAAGUCGCAACUCCAGCAGAGGAAGGAAUACUCACGGAGGACAGUGAGAACAGAGAAUCCCCCUGCAGAGCUGAGAAGGAGACCUUUUCACUAUGCAGCACCUGAACUACCAAGAAGGUGCACAUUUCCCCCAGAACCUGCCACCCUACUCUGACAAACAGCCCUACAAUCAACAACCACCUCCUGCUGAUGGGCUAGCAAACCCCACCAUGCAAACUCAGUACCAGCUUUAUUAUGCCCCAUAUGGUGCAGUGCCCGGCCAAGGGUCUGUCGUCCAAUUUCCAGUGCACACCACCUUUGUCAUCCCUGUACAACCCACCCAUGAACCGGAUUACCUGGCAUAUUCCAUCUGCACUAUGCUGUUUUGUUUCCUGCCUCUGGGAAUUGCAGCCCUCGUUUACUCCAUACUGACUCGGGAUGCCAACCGGAUGGGUAACAGCUUUGAGGCUAAGCAAAACUCCAGGAUGGCGCGGAACCUAGCCCACUCUGCACUUGGCAUUGGGAUUGCAUUGCUUAUUGCGAUCAUUCUUGUGAUUGUGGCGGGCUCUAUGCCUUAGUAACUCUGAGGACACACGGAAAAUAUUUGUCCGCUAAAUUACCUCCCCCUCUGUCUUCUAUUUAAUUCAAAAUGUGUUUGUUUUUUAAAGAAAUCUGUUCUGAGCCUACACUGAUGCUUCCUCCAUUUGCCCACUUAGCAUAUUUACAACACCUGGAAGUUCAUCCUGCAUAUCAAGGGGGCAUCCAUAGAUGCUAUCCGCUCUGGAGAAGCAAUCAAGCGCCGCCAAAUUCUUUGAUCCCUCUCUGGGAGAGCUAUUAAUCAUUUGUCCAGGUUUCUGGGAACUGCUUCCUGUAAGCAUAUCAACACUAUCAUUUUUGGG